AUGUACCUGACCGCCUGGUGCUUCUUCCUCUGCUGGGCUCCCGCCCUGACGCUGAAGAACCUGAACUACUCGGUGCCCGAGGAGCAGGGCGCCGGCACGGUGAUCGGCAACAUCGGCCGCGAUGCCCGGCUGCAGUCCGGGCUGCCGUCGGUGGAGCGGCCCCGCGGCGGCGGCGGCGCCAAGUCCACCUUCCGCGUGCUGGAGAACUCGGCGCCGCACCUGCUGGACGUGGACGGCGAGAGCGGCUUGCUGUACACCAAGCAGCGCCUGGACCGCGAGGCGCUGUGCCGCCGGAGCGCCAAGUGCCAGCUGUCCCUCGAGGUCUUCGCCAACGACCAGGAGAUCUGCAUGAUCAAGGUGGAGAUCCAGGACCUGAACGACAACGCGCCCGCCUUCCCGUCCGACCAGGUGGACCUGGACAUCUCCGAGAACGCCGCGCCAGGCACCCGCUUCCCGCUGGCCAGCGCGCACGACCCGGACGCCGGCGAGCACGGGCUGCGCACCUACCUGCUCACCCGCGACGACUACGGCCUCUUCGCGCUCGACGUCAAAGCCCGCGGCGACGGCACCAAGUUCCCCGAGCUGGUGGUGCAGAAGCCGCUGGACCGCGAGGAGCAGAGCCACCACACGCUGGUGCUGACGGCGCUCGACGGCGGCGACCCGCCCCGCUCGGGCACCGUGCAGCUCAACGUGCGCCUCAUCGACUCCAACGACAACAGCCCCGUCUUCGAGGCCGCGUCGUACGUGGUGGAGCUGCCCGAGAACGCCCCGCUGGGCACCGCGGUUAUCGACCUCAACGCCACCGACGCCGACGAGGGCACCAACGGCGAGGUGCUCUAUGCCUUCAGCGGCUACACCCCGGAGCGGGUGCGCGAGCUCUUCAGCAUCGACCCCCAGACGGGCCUGAUCCGAGUCAAGGGGAACCUGGACUACGAGGAGGGGGGGCUCGUCGAAAUCGACGUGCAGGCCCGCGACCUGGGGCCCAACCCCAUCCCCGCCCACUGCAAGGUCACCGUGCGCCUGGUCGAUCAGAACGACAAUGCGCCCACCAUUGGCUUUGUCUCUGUGCGCCAGGGCGCUCUGAGCGAGGCGGCGCCGCCGGGCACCGUCAUUGCCCUGGUGAGAGUAACUGACCGUGACUCGGGCAAAAAUGGGCAGCUGCAGUGCCGGGUGCAAGGGGAUGGCGUGGGGGGCGACGGAGCAGUGCCCUUCACAUUAGAGGAGAACUAUGACAACUUGUACACUGUGGUGACAGACCGGCCCUUGGAUAGGGAGGUGCAGGACGAGUACAAUGUCACCAUCCUGGCUAGAGAUGGGGGCACCCCCUCGCGCAACUCUACCAAAUCUUUCACAGUCAGGAUCCUUGACGAGAAUGACAACCCACCCCGCUUCAGCAAGAGCCUCUAUGUGCUGCAGGUGCCGGAGAACAACAUCCCGGGUGAGUACCUGGGCUCCGUGUUGGCCAAGGACCCAGACCUGGGCCAAAACGGCACUGUGUCCUAUUCCAUUCUGCCCGGGCACGUGGGCGAUGUCUCCAUCUACACCUAUGUCUCCGUCAACCCCACCAAUGGUGCCAUCUAUGCCUUGCGCAGCUUCAACUAUGAGCAGACCAAACAUUUUGAGUUCCACGUGCUGGCCAAAGACUCUGGGUCCCCCCACCGCGAGAGCAACGCCACCGUCCGUGUCACUGUCCUCGACGUCAAUGACAAUGCCCCCCUUAUAGUCUUGCCAGCCCUGAUCAAUGACACUGCUGAGCUCCAGGUCCCCCGUAAUGCUGGCGUGGGGUACCCUGUGGGCACGGUCCGUGCCCUGGAUAGUGACUUUGGGGAAAGUGGGCGCCUCACCUAUGAGAUUGUGGAAGGCAAUGAGGAGCACCUGUUUGAGAUGGACCCUGCAAGUGGGGAGAUUCGCACGCUGCACCCUUAUUGGGAAGAGCUGAGCCCUGUGGCCGAACUCGUGGUUAAGGUCAGUGAUCACGGGAAGCCCAGUCUGUCGGCUGUAGCCAAGCUCAUUGUCCGGGCCUUGGCUGGGCCUCUGCCUGAAGCUGGGGAGCCCCAGGUGAAUGGCGAGCAGCACCGGCGGCCACAUUGGGACUUGUCGCUCCCCCUGAUUGUCACCCUGAGCACCGUAUCCAUCAUCCUCCUGGCUGCCAUGAUCACCAUUGCCGUGAAGUGCAAGCGGGAGAACAAGGAGAUCCGCACCUACAACUGCCGUAUUGCCGAGUACAGCCACCCCCAGCUGGGCGGAGGGGGCGGUGGAGGAGGUGGGGGCGGAGGCAGCGGAGGGGGCAAGGGCAAGAAGAAGAAGAUCAGCAAGAACGACAUCAUGCUCGUGCCCAGCGAAGGGGAGGACAGCCGGGGACCCCUCAACGUCAUGAACGUGGUGAGCAGCCCUUCCUUGGCCACAUCGCCCAUGUAUUUUGACUACCAGACACGCUUGCCCCUUAGCUCACCCAGGUCCGAGGUGAUGUACCUGAAACCUGCCUCCAACAACCUGACUGUGCCGCAGGGACAUGUGGGUUGCCACACCAGCUUCACAGGGCAAGGGACUAACGUCAGUGAGGCUCCACCGAGCCGGAUGUCCAUAAUACAGACAGACAAUUUUCCCGCAGAGCCCAAUUACAUGGGCAGCAGGCAGCAGUUUGUUCAAAGUAGCUCCACGUUCAAGGACCCUGAACGAGCCAGCUUGAGAGACAGCGGGCAUGGGGACAGUGACCAGGCUGACAGUGACCAAGAUACUAACAAAGGCUCCUGUUGUGACAUGUCGGUUAGGGAGGCACUCAAGAUGAAAACGACUUCAACUAAAAGCCAGCCAAUCGAACAAGAACAGCAAGGGAGAGGCCAAAGACCCAUUGUUGGGAUCUGUGGACCAGCCCGCUGUAAGGAAGGAAAAUUUUCAGAACAAGAGGAGUGCAUUAAUUGCACAGAUGAAUGCCGAGUGCUUGGUCAUUCUGAUAGAUGUUGGAUGCCCCAGUUCCCCACUGCCAACCAGGCUGAAAAUGCAGAUUAUCGAACAAACCUCUUUGUCCCCACAGUGGAAGCUAAUGUUGAGACUGAGACUUACGAAACUGUGAACCCCACGGGGAAAAAGACUUUUUGUACAUUUGGGAAAGACAAGCGAGAGCACACUAUUCUCAUUGCCAAUGUAAAACCUUAUCUCAAAGCCAAACGUGCCCUGAGUCCUCUCCUCCAAGAGGUUCCCUCAGCAUCAAGCAGCCCAACCAAGACCUGUAUUGAGCCUUGCGCCUCAACGAAAGGACCACUGGAUAGUUGCGAAGUCAAAACAGGAGCCUUGGCUGAACCCAGCAGCCAGUACCUGACAGCCACUGACAGCCAGUACCUAUCGCCCAGUAAACAGGCCAGAGACGCUGCCUUCAUCGCGUCCGAUCAAAUGGCUAGGGUCUUUGCUGAGGUGCAUUCCCGAGUGAGCCGAGACUCCGCUGAGAUGGACGCUGUGUUGGAGCAGAUAGACCGUUCAAACAGGGAACUAGGGAGAGAGUCGGUGGACGCGGAGGAAGUAGUGCGGGAGAUUGACAAGCUUUUACAGGACUGUCGGGGAAAUGACCCUGUGGCUGUGAGAAAAUGAAACAAAACACAAAAGACAGCCUGGCAUUUAUUAGCUUUUUCUGCUGAAUUUAAAAAAAAAAAAAAUCUCCCCUGGUUCUGAAAUUUAUACAGGGAUGAACGAAGACCAAUGCUGCUUUAAGGCUUUUAGUGAACAUCUGAAGUGCCCACAAGUAUGUUCUUUUCACUGCUCUUUCUUUUUCACAGAUAACACUGGUUUCGUUUUUACCAAACUUUCAUUAGAACAGUGUGAUGUAUGUUAAGAAAAUGGAAGGAAGAGAG